CCUCAAGAUCCGCUGCGAAGCUGCAAACUCCGAGACAGCGCACUCUCUCUCCGUCGCUCCCGCACUCCCUCUCUCCCUUUCGCACUCCGCUGCAGCACCCUCAGCACCUCAGUUGAGCAGGAGCACCGCACUGAGUCACAUCUAUACACACACGCUCUCUACACGCACACACUCACACAUAUACACGCACACACACGCACACAAGCACAGCCUCCUGCGGUAUCCCGUACGGCGCAGCGGCUUUUCCAACGGCAUACAAAGUGCGUCCUCGCCGGGGAAUGGGAGGUGCAGCUCCCGGGUCUCAGAGCGCUCAGAGCGGCGUCAGGUCCUGCUGAUCGGGGAUGCUGCUGGAAGUCUGCUGCUAUUUCUUUUUCCUGUGCAGGAAUCGCCUUCUAACUACACCUCCACCGGGGAUUUAAAGUGGACAAGCCGUGUGAUCAGGAUAUAACAUUAUUCUAAGCGUUUCUCAUUUUUUGGGGGGAGUAAAAGGAGUUGGGGAUUGCUCUGGACGUGCCUCUUAUCCGCAGUGUCGAUGCGGCUGCGGCUGUGAAGUGAUAUCUGCAUAGAUUACAGGUACAUAAUGUCCUCCAUCUCGAGAGAGGCUUGAUCCCGAUUGGCCGACAGUAUUGGACUGUGCCUCCUUCCCUCUCCUCACCACUCCCAGCCUCAGAACAGCCAUGACGUCCCUCACCAGGACAUGGACCUGCUUUUUUGUAUGCUGCUUCCUGUCCAGUCUGGCGCUUCCUGUGACAUCACAAACAGUGGUGCAAGCCCCACAGGCUCACAGUGCCGGCUCCCAAGUGAUCACAGCAUCCCUUCAGGAGGAGGAGUAUGCAUCAUUUCGUGCUGAGAACCCUGAGUGGACAUUUAACCAUCUGGCAGUGGACUAUCGCAAUGGCAAUGUUUAUUUGGGAGCAGUCAAUCGCAUAUACAAACUGUCCCCGGGCCUGGAGGUCCAGGUGUCCCACGAGACCGGCCCGGAUGAAGACAACCGCAAGUGCUACCCACCACGUAUUGUCCAGCCCUGCAGUGAGCCACUUACACUCACCAACAAUGUCAACAAGAUGCUUCUGAUGGACUAUCGGGAGAACCGGCUGCUGGCUUGUGGCAGCCUUUACCAGGGCAUCUGCAAACUCCUCCGUCUAGAUGACCUUUUCAAACUGGGAGAGCCCUUCCACAAGAAGGAGCACUACCUCUCAGGUGUCAAUGAGAGUGGCUCUGUGUUUGGUGUUAUUGUAUCAUAUGGAAAUGCCUCUCCAGACAUGCUCUUUGUAGCCACGGCAGUGGAUGGCAAACCAGAGUACUUCCCUACCAUCUCUAGCCGCAAAUUGGCCAGAAACUCGGAGGAGGAUGGCAUGUUUGCUUAUGUCUUCCAUGACGAGUUUGUGGCCUCUAUGAUUAAGAUUCCUUCAGACACCUUCACUGUCAUCCCAGACUUUGACAUAUACUACAUUUAUGGCUUUGCCAGUGGGAACUUUGUCUAUUUCCUGACUUUGCAGCCUGAAAUGGGGGGUGGGCCAACCACUGGAUCCUCCUCUACCGGUCGGGAGCAGGUCUACACCUCCAAGAUAGUCCGCCUCUGCAAGGCAGACACCGCCUUUAACUCCUAUGUGGAGGUGCCUAUUGGAUGCAUUAGCGGCAACGUGGAGUACCGAUUACUCGAGGCGGCCUACCUGUCCAAAGCUGGUGCUAUCCUGGCACGCUCACUAGAUGUGGCACCGGAUGAUGACGUUUUGUUCGCCGUCUUCUCAAAAGGCCAAAAGAGGCGUCCACGCCAGGCUUCACAGGACUCUGCACUGUGUGUCUUCUCUCUGCGGAAGAUCAAUGAAAAAAUCAAGGAGAGGCUGCAGUCGUGCUACAAGGGUGAGGGCACACUGGACCUGGCUUGGCUCAAAGUCAAGGAUAUUCCCUGCAGCAGUGCGUCGCUGUGUGGCGGCAUCAUGGGGAAUGCAGGUCUGGAUAUUUCUCAUGACACAGCAGCAGCCCAUCUGGCCUGA